AUGAGCACAUCACUUCCCGAGAUCCACAUUGACGUAGUCAGCGAUGUGAGUUGUCCAUGGUGUUACGUCGGUCGUCGUCGUCUUAUUAAUGCAAUUACUCAACUUUCUACAACAAAGAAAAUCACAUACACAUACCACCCAUUUAUAAUAGACACAGGCACACAAAAAGAUGGAGAAGAGUAUAUGGCGUACAACGUCCGGCGAUGGGGAGGUGAUGGUUGGGUAUAUUCAAUGAAACGUGACUCGCUCAAUGAUGGGUGUACAUUUAAAGCUUGGAAGUAUUGGCCAUAUUCAUUACACUGUCAUCGUCUUAUGUGGUAUGCCAACACUGUAGGGAAAGGUGGUGAAUUAAUGGGUAUCUUCUUCGAGAUGAAUUAUGAGGAAGGAAAGAAUUUGAGUGUGAAGAAAGGGUUGAUGGAAGCUGCCGAGAGAUGUGGACUCGACUUAAAAGAGGCGGAGAACAUCAUCGACGACCAAAGUGUGAAUAAGAGGGAAGUGUUGAAUGAAUACCACAAAUGGAGCGAAGACGGUGUCGGUGGAGUUCCUUUCUUUAUCGUUCAUCUUCCGAGUGGAAAAGAAGUCCAACUAGAAGGCGCAGUGUCCACUUCUAAAUGGCUUAAAGUGCUUGGAAAAUGA